AUGGAGGAGCGGGCAGCUCUGAUGCGGAGGGACCGAGCCCCGCACAUGCCCGUUCGUGGUUUUAACAAGUUUCAAACUGAAUAUUCAGAGCACUGCGAGACGAACCUUGACAGCUCCUCCCCCAGCAACUCUCCCCCAGCAUCGGUCCUUGGCCUGGGGGGGCUCCGGAUAAGCUCUGACUGCUCGGAUGGUGAAUCUGACCGGGAACCCAGCAGUGCCACGGAGUCAGAUGGGAGCCCCAUCCCUAACAAUCAGCCUGCCUUUCCAGUCCAGAUCCUACCUUACCUGUACCUGGGCUGUGCCAAAGAUUCAACCAACUUGGAUGUCCUGGGCAAAUAUGGCAUUAAAUACAUCCUGAAUGUGACUCCCAACCUGCCAAACAUGUUUGAGCAUGACGGAGAGUUCAAGUACAAGCAGAUCCCCAUCUCAGAUCACUGGAGCCAGAACCUCUCACAGUUCUUUCCUGAGGCCAUUGCUUUCAUUGAUGAGGCCCGUUCCAAGAAGUGUGGGAUCCUUGUUCACUGCCUCGCUGGCAUCAGCCGGUCUGUAACAGUCACUGUCGCCUACUUGAUGCAAAAACUCAAUUUGUCCCUGAAUGAUGCUUAUGACUUUGUGAAAAGGAAAAAAUCCAACAUUUCCCCAAACUUUAACUUCAUGGGCCAACUCCUGGACUUUGAGAGGACUCUGGGACUCAACAGCCCUUGUGACAACCGCUCGCCCAGUGAACAGCUCUACUUCACCACCCCCACCAACCACAACCUGUUUCAGCUCAACACUCUGGAGUCCACAUGAAGGGGAUGCCACCUGGUUGGGAACUCGAGCAUCGAAUUGCUUCUCUUGAGCAUUUCAACUCUUACAAAAGUAUCUGUCUUGCCAGGCAGCUCUGAAACGACCAGCUUCUCUGGGCAGAGGUGCCUGAUCGCUGCUUUAAGAAGGCUCACGCCAUUCAUUAGUAUCCUGAUCAAAGUGGUUUGCAUAGGUAGUGUUUCUACAGGGGGUUAUUUAAUAUGGGCGAUGUUACAGCGUUUCGAACGCAGCUGUUACCGGCAAUAACCGCUUUCCUGGGUGCAUUGGGACUGUCAGAACACGCACAUGUGUGAAGAGCUACAGGGGGUUAGCUUGCUGUGGAAAGUGAGGAGAUUUAUGCACUUGGAAACCUUGAACAAAAGGUGUUGGGCCAAGACUGUUUUAAAACCCAAGUUUACUUUUUUGAUUUAAAAAAAAAAAAAGAUAGAUCUUACUCAAGCUUUGGGUUCAAACUCUUUUAAAAUGUGUAAGUUCCUGACUGUUUGUACAGACAAGGUUGCAAAACCAGUAUUUUAUUCUGUUUCUUGUUUGAUCAUUUAUUUUUUUUUUUUUAAUCAAAUGUUUAUAUUGACCAAAUGCAUUUUGCACACUUUGUGAAGCCUUGGUAUGUCCUGGCAUAUUACUGGGUACUCCAGAGAGAGAUACAUGCUGCUGCUGUUGUUGUUAGCAUCUGGUAGGAAGCUUUGUUAUUUGUGAAGGCCAGUUGGGCUUAAACACAACCCCUUCACCACUCCUGCACUCACAAUCACAAACUCUGCACUGAUUCAGCCAAGGUGACUAAGCUGCAAGCUUUUUUUUUUUAAUGCCACCCCUGCCAAAAACACUGUUUGCUGUUGCCAGAGGUAAAACUCUUGUAGCCUCCAGAGUUGGUAGAAGGAUGUCUGAGCCCAGCUUCAUUCUCUGCUGCCUGUUGACUGACUUAACGUCAUCCAGCUGGCCUGAAACCAUUCCAGCUUCCCAAGUACAGAAGGUAGUUGUGGUGUUGGUGUUUCUCGUGCACACUCGGUUCCUUCCCACGUGUGCGGGGUGGAGGGGGGAACACGGCGAGCGCCUGGAGCAGUGCAAGGAUUGCCAAGCGAGGCGGGACUGAAUCGUCACGCUUGGAGCAUGUGAGGGGAGUGAAGAGAUGUGGAAAUGUUGAGAAGAGCAUUGUAAAAGAAUUUUUUUUAUAAAUAUAUAUAUAUAUGUGUAUAUAUAUUAACUGGCAAAUUCUGAGAUGAUUGGAGCUUUCAACAGAGGUUCUAAUUUUUUUUUCUUCCUCUUUCAAAUAACUUUAUGCCGUGCCUUCUAUUCUGAGAAGACUUAUUUAUAUUUCUGGCUAGUGUUUGGCAAACACGUUAUACCGAGCCGGGAGGGGAGGAAGUGGUAAUAAUUUCUGGGAGGAGGGCAGAAUGGAAUUGGAGAUUUCUUUAUUGGCUGCAAUGUAGUCCCUCCUUUCUCCUCCCUCCCUAUCCACUUUAACUCUCAUGUAACUGAAAAAGAAAAAAAGCCACGGAUUUUUUCUAAAUAUCCAGUUUUUUGUACUUUUUUCAAGAAAAAGAAAAAAUAAUUUAAAAAAAAAUACCCUCCAUCUGGAGGAAUGUUUGACGCUGUCACAUCCUGAAACUGUUCUUUUUGUUAAAGAUGUUACCAGAAUGUUGGAAUGAGCUUCUCUUUCUCGUUUUCUGGUUGUUUUUUGUUUGUUUGUUGGGUUUUGUUUGCAACAAUGUUGGGAUCGUGGGUCAUUGGAAGGGAGAAUGGGCGUAAGUACAGUUGUGAGUGAGAAAAUUGAGAAUAUCCUAAUUGCAUCUUACCUCAUGGAGGAGUUUAUUUUUUCAGGGAUUUUUUGACAGUGCAUCUGUAUUGCAUUACAGCUAAGCUGAUUUGUAAAGGCUUCCUGUGCUGUUAGUGGUCUUUCUUCUUUAAAGGAAAAAAAAAGAUGCAUCUUCUGAUUAGUACAAAUGAGAGCUUGUUAGUGAGGAAUGGUUCUGCUUUCUGAGUUAUGAAGGAAAAUUAGUGACCCUAUAUAUACUGAUCCAAUAUUGGGACUUUGUUUAUAUUGCAAAUAAAUAUUAUUUUUUCUUUAAAAAUGA